UUGCUAUUGUCAGUCGUUUUAAAAUAAUUUUAAUCCGUGGCCCUUUGUGGUCUCCUCCCUCACCCACCACUCAUACUACAAACGUAACCACCGAUUUGCCUUUCUCGGAGAACUCCUGGGCUUCUGCUCUCACAAGCGCAUUCCUAUUCCUAGAUUCUCCCCCAGCUGCACACGCGCCCCAAAUCCUGCUAGUCCCUGGCACCCAAGGACAAACAGCAGAAAGAGCCACCUGGCAAAAUGAGCUGGAAACUUUCUCUUGCCGGAAGCCAGGCGCUGACCCCGGUAGGGGUGGGGAUUAGACCCUUCGCUGAUAUUCUCCGGCGCGGCCGCUACCCUUGGCGGUACGCGAGCCCAGCGGAAAGCUGGGAAAGGUGUGACGUGCGGCGCGCGCAGUGCUUAGGAAGCAUCUGACUCCCACCGAUGGAAAACAUCAGGUGUGUCCUAGGGAGUACAGAAACAGACUCAACAGCCCAGGAUGUAGUGACCCUAGAACGAGAUCUCGAUUGUUCCUCCUUUUUCUCUAUUCGUUCUCCUUUCUCCAGGCUGCUCUCUGCCCUUCCCCAUCCCUCGUGCCAAGAGCCCUUCUUUCCUGUUUUAUUCUCGAGCACCUUGCCCUCAGUUCUCCCUCGUGCGCCCAACGGCACCGCCCAGAAAACGAACUAGGUUCGUUCUGGGAAUGUCACCUAGACUGAGCCUCGGGAGGCUGGGGGGUUCCUGCAUACCCUGCCCGAGGAGCUCCGCACUUCGCGCUCCCGCGCCUCUAGCGGCCGCGCCUGGAACCUGACUCACUGGGGAGCUGCUGGGAUUGACUCGCUAGGGCCACCCAUCUGGGCCAUGAGGUCAGUAAGGACCUUAAUCCCCGAAGGCCUUUCUCUCCCCGUGCUCGUCCUGGUGGCGCUCCUGGUGGACGCUCUUGGCGAGGAUUUACUUUUUCACCCUGAGUGGGGAUUUGAGUCCUAUGAAAUCAUCAUUCCCAAGAAGCUGAGCUUCCGGGGAGGGCAGCAGGGUGCCGUCCAGCAAGUGUCCUACCUCCUGCAGGUCAAAGACAAGAAGUAUGUCCUCCACCUCUGGCCCAAGAGGUUUCUAUUGCCCCGAAAUCUAAAGGUUUUCUCCUUCACAGAACAGGAGAAACUCCUGGAGGAUCACCCUUACAUACCCAGGGACUGCAACUACAUAGGCUUGGUUGAAGGAACUCAGGAUUCGGAAGCUACUUUAAGUACAUGCACCGGGAGUCUCCGAGGCAUAUUGAAAAUUGAUGAGGAACGUUAUCAAAUCGAGCCCCUCAAGGCCUCUUCCAGCUUUGAACAUGUCAUGUAUCUCCUGAAGAAAGAGGACAAAUUUCAGAAUCAGACCUGUGGCUUAACUAAUGAUGAACUAGAAAAGCAGAUGGCUCGGAGUGAGGAUAUGGCGAGGCUUAGGGACUAUCCUGGAUCCUAUAAGCAUCAGAAGUACAUGGAACUAGCCCUGGUCUUUGAUCACAGUAGAUUUUUGUUUUUGGAUUCCAAUCUUACUCGACUCAUACAGGAUGCCAUUCUUUUGACUGGGAUUAUGGACACCUUCUUUAGAGAUGUCAAUAUGAGGCUACACUUACAAGGUGUUGAAAUAUGGACACAUGGCGACAAAUUAAAUGUUCAGCAAAUGACUUCACAAGAAAUUCUAAGCACAUUUUUAAAAUAUCGUACAACAACCCUUUCUGCUCGGAUUUCAGCAGAUUGGGCACAUUUGUAUAUUACAAGUGCUUUUAUUCAUAGUCUUGGAUGGGCGUAUAUUGGAGGUGCAUGUAUGGAGAAGUACAGUGGAUCAGUAAGUAGUUACACAAAUCUAAAUAUCCUUGAAGCCAGCAGAAUGUCUGCUCAUGAACUGGGCCAUGGUGUGGGAAUGAGACAUGAUACAAUGUAUUGUCAGUGUAGGGGUAAGCAAACUUGUAUCAUGGGCACUGGGAGUAGCGGGUUUAGUAAUUGUAGUUAUAUCGAAUAUUUUAAUCACGUAUAUUCAGGAGCAGAAUGUCUAAAUAAUAUCCCAGGACUGGGUUAUGUGGUGGAGAGAUGUGGAAACAAAAUUGUGGAAGGCAAUGAAGAAUGUGAUUGUGGUUCAAGAGAGGACUGUAAAAAAGACAGGUGUUGCCAGCCGGAUUGUAAACUCACACAAGGUGCCAAUUGUAGCACUGGGCUUUGCUGUCAUAACUGUCACUUUCGUCCACUUGGGUACAUGUGUCGAAAGGAAGAAAACGAAUGUGACCUUGCGGAGUACUGCAGUGGAAUCUCAAGUUUCUGCCCGGAUGACGCUUACAAGCAUGAUGGAACCAUUUGCAAGAGUAACUCCCUUUGUUUCAAAAAGAGGUGCCAUUCCAGAUAUACGCAGUGCCAAAACAUUUUUGGACCUGACGCCAGGGAGGCUCCUGAUCAGUGCUACCACGCAGUGAAUUUAAUGGGUGAUCAAUAUGGGAACUGUGGUAUUGUAGGAGUCCGUACCUACAAAGCUUGUACCAGGGAAAAUGCAGUGUGUGGCCGGCUACAGUGUAUAAACGUCAAGAGCAUCCCUGAACUGCCAGACCAUACGACCAUCAUCUCUACGCAUCUGCGAGCGGAAAAUCUCCUGUGCUGGGGGCUAGGCUACCACAAAUCCAUGAUACCCAUGGGAAUACCUGACAUAGGUGUCAUAAGUGAUGGCACCCCCUGUGGUUUUGACCGGCUCUGUGUGAACAGAACUUGCGUGCAUAUCUCCGUCUUGAACUUGGACUGUUUACCGAAGAAGUGCAACCACCGAGGUGUUUGCAACAAUAACCAAAACUGCCACUGUGUCUAUGGUUGGGCCCCUCCUUUCUGCGAGGACGUGGGGUAUGGAGGGAGCAUUGACAGCGGGCCCGCGAGACGCCUGAAAGAGGAGGUGCCCGCCCCGGUGCAGGUUGUGUCCAUUAUGUUAAUGCGCCUUAUUUUCUUAAUCCUCUCCGUGAUCGCUGUGUUUUUCAGGAGGCUGAUAGAACAGUAUAUAAAACCCACACAGAGAGAAACACCACCAAUUAACAUUCAAAAUAAAUAAUCCAAGGCAAAAAAAUGUCAAGAACCCAAACAAGCAAGCAGGCGAUCCACAGUCCUUGAAGAACAGAGCCGUGUAUUGAGCAAGCUUACCUCUUAGCCCAACGGCACUUUGUUCUUCCAGUUCUUUUUUAGUAUAAUUUGCCUUCAAGCCUGGCUCGGCAAAUAAAUGAUAUUCUUGUUUGGGAAACAAAUCAGUGCAUUUUGCUUUCUUAGUGUUCACUUGCUCCUUCAUUUGUGAUCAAGUUUGGGACAUCCUGAAAAGAAUGGCCCCACGGCUUUUCUGAACCCUAAAGCUCUGAAUAUUGUUUCGCAGAAUUGCAUUGGUUUUCACGAUAGAGUCCUGUGGCUCAGGAUCCCAGCACACAAAGUGAUUG